AUUAACUAUGAAAAUUAACCAUAAAAUAAUGUAUCAAAUAAUUGAAUUUAUGUUGAACAAACGGAAAAUUACACAUUUUUGGGUUAAUUGAUGAAUUCGAAAGCACGUGCUUGUUAUUGAGUCCACAUCGGAGAGUAAAUUGCAGACAUAGCAAAAUGACUGCAUUUGAAGAAAUGGGGGUUAUGCCAGAGAUUGCAAGGGCAGUGGAAGAAAUGGACUGGAGUUUACCCACUGAUGUGCAGGCUGAAGCCAUACCAAUGAUUCUUGGUGGUGGAGAUGUGCUCAUGGCCGCUGAGACAGGCAGUGGUAAGACAGGAGCAUUUUGUCUGCCCAUCCUGCAGAUUGUGUUUGAGACCCUUAAAGAUCAGCAAGAGGGCAAGACCAGCAAACUCUCCACCAAGAAUAAAGGAGCAAGUCUUUCAUGGAAGCUGAACAUAUAUGAUCGUGGUGAUGCCAUGGCCAUUGAACCAGACGGCCUUCUGUGCCAGAGUAGAGACCAGCAGAAAUGGCAUGGUACCCGCACCAACAAGGCUGUUGUGGGACAAGGGCGUUACUACUAUGAGGCGACGGUGACAGACGAGGGACUGUGUCGAGUAGGCUAUUCCACAGACAAGGCUAGUCUGGACCUCGGCACUGACCGCUGGGGCUGGGGGUUUGGAGGGACUGGCAAGAAGUCCAACAGCAAGCAGUUUGAUAGCUAUGGGGAGCCUUUUGGGCUCAACGAUACGAUUGGUUGUUACCUUGACUUGAUGAAACGUGAGGUGCGUUGGUCGAAGAAUGGGGUGGACCUCGGCAAGGCGUACGACCUUCCAGCACAGGCAGCCAAUGAGAAGUUCUUCGCAGCAGUUGUCUUGAAGAAUGCAGAAAUGACCUUCAACUUUGGUGGUACACCCUUCAAGUACCCGCCACCCCAGGGUUUCAUCUCACUGACAGGGGCUUCCAAGGAGAGCACUGUAGAGUCCACGCAGUCUGCAGUGCCGGCAAGUAGCGCCAAGGCAGCCACCAACGCUCCCCAGGCGAUCAUUAUAGAACCCUCUAGAGAACUUGCUGAACAGACACUAGUGCAAAUUCAAAAGUUCAAGAAGUUCUUGGAAAGUCCCAUUCCGAGGGAGCUACUGGUGGUUGGUGGUGUUAAUGUGAAGGAACAAGUGGACGUCCUCAUGCGGGGGGUGGACAUUGUGUGUGGUACCCCAGGUCGUCUUGAAGACCUCAUCUCCACUGGAAAACUGGCCUUGUCCGCUUGCAGGUUCUUUGUGCUGGAUGAAGCGGAUGGUCUGCUGAGUCAAGGAUAUGGGGACCUGAUCAAUCGUAUCCACGGCCAGAUACCCAAGGUUACCAACGACGGCAAGAGGCUACAGAUGGUCGUUUGCUCAGCUACACUGCACUCUUUUGAUGUGAAAAAGAUGGCGGAGCGCUUGAUGUACUUUCCUACAUGGAUUGACUUAAAGGGCCAGGACUCUGUGCCGGAGACAGUCCACCACUGUGUGGUCAUUGUUGACCCUCUAAAGGACACUACCUGGAAAGGCCUUCGUCAGCAUGUGGAAACAGAUGGAGUCCACUAUGAGGACAAGAUUCAGCCCCAUGGAACCAGUCAAGAGACAUAUUCAGAGGCAGUAAAGAUCCUGAAGGGAGAGUACACUGUGCGUGCAUUAGAAGAGCACAAAAUGGAUCGGGCCCUGAUAUUCUGUAGAACCAAGGUCGACUGUGACAAUAUGGAAAAAUAUCUUCAACUGCGAGGCCAAGGGAAAUUUUCCUGCGUCUGUCUGCAUGCUGAUCGCAAGCCGCAGGAAAGAAAAGAUAAUCUCCAGAAGUUUAAGGAUGGUAAGGUCAAGUUUCUUAUCUGCACUGAUGUUGCAGCUCGUGGCAUUGAUGUCUCCGGACUUCCUUUCGUCAUCAAUGUUACCUUGCCUGAUGAGAAACAAAACUAUAUCCACAGAAUUGGUCGAGUUGGACGAGCAGAAAGAAUGGGUCUUGCAAUAUCAUUAGUUGCCUCAGUAAAAGAAAAGGUUUGGUACCACUCUAACUGCCAGUCUAAAGGCCGUGGAUGUUAUAACACCAACUUGACUGACAGAGGAGGCUGUUGUAUCUGGUAUAAUGAGCCUCAGUUGCUUGCAGACGUAGAGGACCAUCUAGAUAUUACCAUCGAUCAAAUCCAACCAGACAUUAAAGUACCUAUUAACGAAUUUGAUGGUAAAGUCACAUAUGGACAAAAACGCAAAAAUACAGGUAGUGGUUACGAGGGUCAUGUGGCCACCCUGGCGCCGGCCGUCAUGGAGUUAGCGCGUCUGGAGAAGCAUGCACAGACCUCGUACAUCAACCUGAAGUACAAGAAGAUGUCCUGGACGCGCUAGGGAGGAGGAGGGUUGUGGUCAAACGUAAAUUAUCAACACAAAAAUCACUACAUAUGUAUCUCAUUGAUAGUGGUUACGAUAACCAGCAUUUAAAGAAGAAUUCCAGGAUAACAUUGAAAAGAGUGUGUUUGUGGCUCAAACAUCAGUAAUCCAAAAAAGCAUAAACAGGUACAUUGCAUAAGUAGUGGUAAUGUUUGAUGUGUAGCUUUAAAUCUUUUUCACUCACAAACCUCUUACAUUAUCAUGAACAUAAUACAAAAUACUGGAUAAAAUAUGAAAGAUGAUUGCUGUAGCAAUGUUAAGAAUUGAAGUGCCUAGGUACUGCAUCCCUCUGUGAACACUGCUAGGUCAACCAUCUAUAAUCUGUACAUGCAAAUUCAUCCCAUUGGUAGUGGUAACUUGACAUAGUAGCAAAGCAUGUAUAUUAGGAUGAAGUUCAAGAUGUCCAUGACGAGAUGAGCUAUUGACUGUGGCAAUUUACUUCUUAUUACAAAUUGGACGUGUUAGUUUAUUGCUUAGAUGACUGUCUAGUUUUAGGUCAAAUGUAAAAAAUCUUCUGAUGCAUGCGUCUUGAAUAGAUCUGUUUAUGUUUUAUGUUUAGCUUAAAACAAAGUAUUUGUUUAAGGAGUGAAUUAAAAAAAACCCAGUUUGUUUCUGUUUUGUAUCAUAGUUUGAUUUGAGGGAGUCAGAAGACCUGUUGUUUUCAUUUAUUGCAAUAAACAUUUGCACUAUUAGUUUUUACAAAGUAACGCGUAAAACAAAUUGCAGUGUGUGUGUGUUGAUGAUGCUAGUAACGAUGUCCUCCUGAUUCAGCUCGAGUUUCACUUAAUGUUUAUAUAUGUUAAUAAACAUUUGAUGUUUUAAACUCAAAGAAGCAUUGAGGAAUGAAGCUUAGCAUCAGAGAUCUUUCAUAGUCUUGUCCAAUGGGGGUUUGUCCAAGUUUUUUUAAUUGCUUGUUUGUCUGUAUGUCUGUCUUGAUGUGCAGUUAUAAUACGAAUAUAACAAUUUAAAGUUCCCUGUUAAUGGAGUAAUUCAUUUGGAUCAAUAAAUAAAGUAUACUUUACCAUAA